AUGGUCAACUUCAACGCCUUCUUCACUCUCAUCAUGGGUGUCACCACCUUCUUCACCAGCAACCUCCCUGGCACUGGCACUCUCACAGUCAUCACUCGCUUCACCGUCACGGCAACCUUCACUACUACCGCCAAACUCUUCACUACCGGCACUCCAAUCAUCACUACCAUCACGCCCACCUUCACUAUCACUAUGGCGUCACCAGGCAAUGAGCUCGCUAUCUUCACCGGCGCUCCAUUCACUGCAACUCCCUUCAUUCUCUCACUGGCAAAGGAGUUCGUCUGCGCUAUGUUCACCAACCUCUCUACCUUCAUUGGCUUCCUUUUUUGGACCCUGCUUCUGGUCGCCGUCCUCGCUUGCUCCCGUCACGCCAUGAAGUCAGAAGGCCUCGUCGGACUCGAGGCACAAACCAACGAGAAGGACGAGACCAUCAAGCAGCUUCGUUCUUUCUAUGCCGCCGAACACGCAGAGCUCCAUCGCAGCCUGCAGGUUCAGAGGGACGAGGCAGGCAGGCUCCUGGCCGCCGCCUCCACCAAGCACAGCUCCGCCCUGGCCAUCAAGGAUCACGAGAUCCAUGAGCUUCGUCAGAAGCUCGCCAGCGCUGACCUCCGCGAGGAGCAGGCCCGGUUCGAGAGCUCUGACAAGGUUGACAAGCUGCACAAGGAGAUUGAUCACCUCCGAAGUGUGAUUGUCAGCGUUGGAAAGAAUCUCGAGGCCCAUGAAGAGCUCGUCGCUGGUGCUGAGGAGGCUCAGGAAAAGGCCAAGAUUGCUGAAGAGCGCGCCUCCGCCGCUGCUCGAGAAGCCCUUGAGUCGAAGCAGAAGGUCGAGGCCGCCGAGAAGGCCUCACGAGNNGAGAGGCUUCUUUGUGAGAGGGGUUGCGCCAAGGCCGUCAUCAGAGAGUUGAAGGACGAGGUCAAGAUCGAGCAGUACAGGGUCCAGGAUCUCAGAAAGGACGUCAAGGAUCUGAAGAAGGAGGUGGAGGAGCUGAAGGCUCGGGCAGUGGGGGCUGCUCAAGUCCCGACGCCCUCCAGCCUCGUCGACACUUCCUCGACCGCUGCUACUCCUGAGCCCCGCGCGCCACAUGAGCAGAAGCCUGGCCAUAUCCUUCGCCGUAAGCCCAGGGGUCCCUUCGCUCCCAUUGUAGGCCGUCAGGGUGGAAAGAAGUAG